AGCCGAAGGGGCUCAGGCGCCGAACGGGCUCGGACGGGAAGCCUGCGCUGCCGCCCCCCCCCUGGCCGGGCGCGGCGGUGGUGCACCGCCGCCCCCUGCAGACCACAGGGCGCCGCGCGGCCAUGGCCACGAUGGAGCGCCCCCGACCCGUGGCGGCCAGCCAGGGCAGCCAGGCGCUCGCAGCUGCCCCGCCGGCGUCGACGCAUCGACGACCCCAGCAGCCGCCACGGCGGCAGCCGCCCCGUCGGGCGCCGUGGCCUCGCGCGCCGCCGCCGCCCCGGCGGCCACCGCGCGCCCGUCGGCGGCGCUGACCCCGCAGGAGAGGCGGGAGGCCGGCAUGCAGGCCGAGAUCUACUCCAUUGUUCGCGCCAUCGAGCACCUGGAGAAAGCUUACGUCAGGGGCCUGGCGCCCAACGAGGAGUACCAGCGCAGCUGCCAGCAGCUGCUCAACCAGUACAAGACCCUGCAGAACGGCCUGCGGGACAAGUGCCCGGACGUGCGCCACUUCGCGCACGAGCACGGGCUGGAUUGCCCCCUUGCGGAGGAGCGGAUAUCCACCGGCGUCCCAGCGACCGCGCUCUUCUCCAGCGGCGAGGCCAGCACGGGCAAGGAGGCGCUGACGUGCUUCAAGGCUUCGGAGUGCUUCAUCACACUGAGCGACGCCCUGAAGCUGAACCUGACGGCGAACGACGAGAUCAUGCCCCUCGUCCGCGACCUGCAGGCCAGCAUCGUGGCCAUCCCCAACCUGCCCGCGCUCACGGGGCUCGACCGCAUCGCGGGGUGGCUCGUGACGCUCAACUCGAUGCGCGCCUCCGAUCACCUGACUGAGGAGCAGUGCAGGCAGCUGGCCCUGGACGUGGAGCAGGCCUACAACUCGAUGAAGGUCUGGCUGCAGGAAAAGACCUCCUGACGACGCCGGGGGAUGGGGCGCGCGGUGACCUCUUCCGCGGGCGAAUUGCGCGGCCGGCCAGGUGCGGGCCUGGCCACUGCCUGAUCGUCUCUCCUGGUUCCUUGUGUCCCCUCUCCCAACGACGCCGGCUCCGACCUCGCCGGGCCAGUCCUGCGCCGAGGUUCCGGUGCCAGCGAGCAGGUCGCCUCGUCCUGUGUCCCAGUCCUCCGCCUCUUGCCU